AUGUCGACCUUCGAGCCGGUGGUACGUCUUUAGCGAAUCCUCCCAUGUGCGGGUGAGACUGUUUGCGGCGGCGCAGCGUGGAUAGAUUCUCAGUUACCCGCACACGGAAUACCGCAAAUGUACACACACACACAUAGCAUGGACCCGUACUGAGAGAACAUAUUAGAUCGUCAUUGACGGCAAGGGACACCUCCUCGGUCGUCUCGCCUCGACCGUCGCCAAGCAGCUCCUGAACGGCCAGAAGAUUGUGGUCGUCCGCUGCGAGGCCCUCAACAUCUCUGGCGAGUUCUUCCGCGCAAAGCGUACGUCUACCAACCAACCAACCCAUCCGAACACCGAAAAUCGCCUCGCCUGAAAAGACCAACACAUACUAACACGCCCCAACAAUAGUAAAGUACCAGGCCUUCCUCCGCAAGCAGACCCGUUACAAUGCCACCCGUGGUGGUCCAUGGCACUACCGUGCGCCCGCCAAGAUGUUCUGGCGCACCGUCCGCGGCAUGAUUCCCCACAAGACUGAGCGCGGCGCGAAGGCCCUGGAGCGCCUGAAGACGUUCGAGGGCGUCCCACCACCCUACGACCAGAAGAAGCGCAUGGUCGUCCCGCAAGCCCUCCGUGUCCUCCGCCUCAAGCCCGGCCGCAAGUACUGCACGGUCGGCCGUCUCGGCCACGAGUUCGGCUGGAAGUACCAGGACGUCGUCGCCCGCUUGGAGGAGAGGAGAAAGGUCAAGGGCCAGGCAUACUACGAGAAGAAGCGCGCCGCACGCAAGAACCUGGCCGAGGCGAAGGAGAAGGUGCCGGAGAACUUGCAGAAGCAGCUCGCGCAGUACGGAUACUAG